UCCGCCGUCGGCGCCCGAUGCGGCCAAGACGCAGGCACAAUUCAAAACGAUCUUCCGGAAAUGCCGCUGACGUACGGCCGGUGACGUCACGCACUGGCAAUAACGCGCUCGAGGCAAAUGGCAAAACAGUGGCCGUCUGCAAGCUGCGCACCGACAUGGCUACCUCCAAGCACCAAGAGGUCGAGGUACUGGACAAUUGGGAAGACAUCGAAGACUCGGACGUUCUCGAAAGGAAGUUCAGAAAUUUGCAGCCGCCCAGUCAGAACAAAUGUAAUGGAAUGAGCAGACAAUUUAAUAUCAUUUUAAGCGAGGAUGACGCGCUGCGGUCACAGUACGUGCAGCCGGAACCAACGGUGACGAUUUUAAAACGGCCCUCGAAACAAAACCACGCCGGCAGCGAGAAUAAGGUGGUGCAGCCGAAGAAAACGUUAAAGCAACGCGAGCAAGAAUAUGCCGAAGCACGCCUGCGGAUACUCGGCGAAGCCUCGAGUCCGGAUCGACCUGAAGAAAGCAGCAAUCGCUAUGCGAGUAUACAACACAAGGGCGGACGCAGUUGUACACCGGCCGUGAAAGCGGUGCACAAUCCACAGCCGCUGCCGCCCCAAGACGAUAAUGUGAUAAGACUGCCCAAGGGCCCCGACGGCUCCAAGGGCUUCGUGAAGAGAUAGUACAGGCUGCGCCGCGAUUUUACCCGCCUGCCCAUCACCACAUCGCUAUUUUAAGUUCAUUUUCGUGUAAAUAUGGUAGUUGAGUUCGUUCGGUGGAUAAUUUUACAAACGUUAGGCUAAGCGUAGACUAUUAAGCACGGCGGCGCGCAGCCCUUCAUCGCGAUGGCUGCCCGCAAUCGAACGUCGUCGAUUUGUUUUUCUUUUAUUCUAUCUUCUUUUUUUUUUACUUCACGGACGUGUUUUCCUUGGUUCUCUUUUUAUAUAUACCAUAGGCUGAUUGUACAAGUAUCACCAGUUAAUAUUUAAAAUGUAUAAAAUGAUGAUAUUGAAAUCGGUGUGGCGCGAGCUCGACUCGCGCGCAGAGGGUUCCGUGCCGAUACUGAUCGAAAAUAAAAUUCAUAUUGCUUUUAUGCCACCACACACACACGAUUUGACGCAAUUUUAAGUUAUGAAGAGCAGCAGCAGCCGCGGCUACGUACCGGGACCUCUGCGCAACAGUCUGCGGUUGCUUCACAUACCCGACCUUAUCCUGAGCCUAAAUUACAGGAUUAUAAAGUAAUAAAUAUUUUAAAUUAA